AUGACAAAAGUGAUUUUACCUAAUAAGGGCCAAUUUACUAAACCUUUAUUUGUAUUCUUAGGAAAGUCUCUACAAAAUGGAUUACAUUCAGAUGUAGCUGUAAAAGAAAUCAAAAUACCAAUACCUGGGGGUUAUAUAGCAGGUAAACUGUGGGGUAACGAUCAGCAACAACCAAUUCUUGCUUUACAUGGAUGGCAGGAUAACUGCGGGGUAUGGGACCCUUUAGCGGCUAUGCUCUGUGAUAAAAAGCCUCUACUGGCAAUCGAUUUACCAGGCCACGGUCUUUCAUCAUGGCAACCACCAGGUGCCUACCAAGACACCUGGGACGUUGUACAAUAUCUUAUAGAGUUAAAGAAUUAUUUUAAAUGGGACAAGUUGUCUAUACUGGGUCACUCAUUAGGAUCCGUCGGAGGUCUGCGAUAUGCUGGUUUGUACCCUAAAAACGUCGAAUUUUUUAUAGCCGUUGAAAAUCUUGUAUAUGAAGAUCUUGAUAUUGACUUCGUUCUGAAAUAUCUUCCUAAGGAGUUAGAGAAAUAUCAAAUGUGUCAACAUCUUCACAACAAAGACCCACCGGAAGGUACGAUGGAGGAUCUAACUUAUAAAUUAUAUACUGCGAUGAAUAAAUCUGUAGAUAAACAAAAUAUGCACUAUUUAACACAACGAGCCAUAAAGCCUUCAAACAGGGACCUAACCAAAUUUUGUUAUACAAGAGAUAUUCGUUUAAAAUGUAUGUCCAUGAAGCCGUCAAAUAAAGAGUUCCUAGAAAGGUUAUUUAGUCGUAUCUCGUGUCCGUUGUUGUAUAUUAAGGCAGCUAAUUCGUCUUAUAAAUUAUCUGACGAACACUGUUUGAGGGUGAGAGAAAUACUAGAAAAAAAUAACCCGAAUUAUGAAAGCCACACUGUUGAAGGUAGCCAUCAUGUCCAUGUCAAUAACCCAGAGAGACUGGCGCCGAUAAUCAUAGAUUUCUUCAGAAAACAUAAGAUUCACUAA